AGCGGGCACCAGCCGCGGGAGCCCCCAGGCCUCCUCGCGGCCGAGCCUGAGCGACCCCCGGCGUCGGCGGCACCCCUGCCCUCCGCCCCGACCUCACCCCCGCCCCGCUUGCUCCCGAAGCCGACGCCGCUGGUGUGUUCUCCGUUAUGGCAACGGAGCCGCCAUCCCCGCUCCGGCUCGAGGCGCCCGGCCCGCACGAAACGCGGACCCCGCCGGCCAACGAUGCCGCCCCCGAAGGCACCCCGCCGCCGGCGGCCGGCCGGCUGCGUUUCCUCAACGGCUGCGUGCCCCUCUCGCAUCAGGUGGCCGGGCACAUGUACGGGAAGGACAAAGUGGGUAUACUGCAACAUCCGGAUGGCACAGUUUUGAAACAGUUACAGCCACCUCCAAGGGGCCCCAGAGAGCUAGACUUUUAUAAUAUGGUUUAUGCUGCUGAUUGUAGUGAUGGUGUUCUUGUAGAGCUACGAAAAUAUUUGCCCAAGUAUUAUGGCGUCUGGUCACCUCCUACUGCACCAAAUGACUUAUACCUAAAACUGGAAGAUGUGACCCAUAAAUUUACUAAGCCCUGUAUAAUGGAUGUAAAGAUAGGGCGAAAAAGCUAUGAUCCUUUUGCCUCGUCUGAGAAGAUUCAGCAGCAGGUUAGCAAGUACCCAUUAAUGGAAGAGAUUGGGUUCUUGGUGCUUGGCAUGAGGGUUUAUCAUGUUCACUCUGAUAGCUAUGAGACACAAAACCAGCACUAUGGAAGAAGCUUAACAAAAGAAACUAUAAAGGAUGGUGUCUCCAAGUUUUUUCAUAAUGGAUUCUGCUUAAGAAAAGAUGCUGUUGCUGCCAGUAUUCAGAAGAUUGAGAAGAUUCUGCAGUGGUUUGAAAACCAGAAGCAGCUUAACUUCUAUGCUAGCUCAUUAUUGUUUGUAUAUGAAGGUUCAUCUCAGCCACCUACUACAACAAAAACAAAUGACAGAACUUUGGCAGAAAAGAUAUUAUCCAAAGGACAACUGUCAGACACAGAUGUACUGGAGUACAAUAAUAACUUUCAUGUGUUAAAUUCCACAGCAAAUGGAAAAAUAGAGUCUUCAGUAGGCAAAAGCUUAUCCAAGAUCUAUGCUCGGCACAGAAAAAUGUAUUCAAAAAAACAUCACAGUCAGACUUCAUUGAAAGUUGAAAAUAGGGAGCAGGACAAUGGGUGGAAAAGCAUGUCACAGGAACAUUUAAACGGAAAUGUACUUUCCCAGCUGGAGAAAGUUUUCUAUCACCUUCCCACUGGUUGCCAAGAGAUUGCAGAAGUAGAAGUGCGAAUGAUAGAUUUUGCUCAUGUGUUCCCUAGCAACACAAUAGAUGAGGGAUAUGUUUAUGGUCUAAAACAUUUAAUUACUGUACUUCGAAGUAUUUUAGACAAUUGAAUCUUUUGCCUUGGUCUUUUAAGGAUGGGCCAAUCAUAAUGAAGAGCAGCAGUUAUUAUCUCUGCACCUGUGAUGCUAUGUAAAAAAUUGUAUUGUGAGUCAACAUUUUAUUUGUCUUUAUACUUUUGGUAGAAAGGUUAACUUUUUUAUAAUCUUACUCAGGAAUACUAACUAUAAGUUCAUUAGAAAACUAUGAAGAAUAAAGAAACAGGAAUAUUAAAUAGGGAAUGUGGUGGUACAUGGCUUAAACAACAUCUGUUUGGCUCAAGCAAAAUGGAAAUCAUUGUUCAGUCAUUACAAGUUUAUUUAGCUUUUUGUAGCCAAUUUUAUCAUGAAAUCUCUGUCCACCCAGCCUUGACAGUGAGCCAUAUCUAAACUAUUUCAUCAUCAGAACACCUUCAAAUAUCUACAAAGCACAGGCUAACAUCCUCAGUAUUGGCUGUUUAAUGCUACAAAGACUGGAAAAAAUUCUACUUCAGAAAUAGGAUUUUAUAUUAAAAGUUCAGACCAGCAUAUCAAAAGGUGCUUCUUAGUGAGAUGAUUUAGAAUUAUUGCAUUCCAAAAGCAAGUUUUCCUUUUAUUUUCAGUUUCUGUACAUAUUCCAGAACAC